AACACGAAUCUUAUAUCGUGCAUCGAUUUCUUUUCUUAAAUCAUUUAAAAAUCACGAAGGAAACCGAUCGAAGACGAGUAUUUUGUGAUUUUAGAGAAAGUUAUUGUUACACGAAGAUAACGAAUUUUUUCGAUCACGUGCUACGAUAAAAAAAAAAAAAAGAUCGAUUCAAUCCUUACUGAAAUGCUAUGUGAACAGUGAAAUCGUAGUAGAUAUAAAAUUGUCAAAAUAUUGUGGUAUAGGAAACACCGUUUCAGACGAUUUUUUUAAAACGAAAUUCCUCGGCGUAGAAACCGAUUGAUAACAAAAAGUCGAAGCGAAAAUAUUCAUUACCAUGCAACAAACUGAGAAACACAAAACACAAAAGUACACGGCUGGGCGUUCGCCUUUGUGGUCCACAAAAUAUCAAACAGAUGUCAGAGAUUCUUCGGAUGCGAACUGGAAAUAUCUUCACAAGCAUAAUCCGUCGGUUCCAUCAAACAAAGCUAAUAGGAGACAAUUCAAUGCGACGGCCGAACCAGUAACGAAUUAUCAUUCCACUAUGAAUUCCUACAAGCAAACUAAACAUCAUAAUUGCGGAUCUCCGACGCACACAAAAUACACGACGUGUCAAAAUACAGAACCACAGCGGUGGACGUCGCACAAUCAAGCUAAAACACCUCGGAACAAGUUUUACAACACAAACAACAACAUCGCGAUCGUGAGAAGGUCUACUUACAACAAAAACGAGUUGGAGGAUGACGAAAAGGUAAGAUACGCUGAUGAAGAGCUGGGUAAUUUCACCGAAGAUAACCCCGAGGAGGAUGCAAUCGAGGAAGUUGAGGACGAUCAGGAAGAAACAGCUGAGUCCGUCGAUAAGGAUUACGAAGAACACGAAGCUGACGAUGAGAUCGACGAAGAAUCUGAUUCGCCUAUUUUGAGGUCACAAAAAUUGCAGAGACGACCUAAAAAGGAUGAAAUAUCACAAGAACAACAAAGAUCGAAAAUAGUUAAGCAACAACAGGAUCCACGGAAGCUUCAUUAUCAACAAUACGUACAUAACUCGUUCGACAGUCAUCCGUCAAGAAGAAGGUACUACCACGACCUCGAUGAUCGCGACGCAACUGAAUUUUAUUCCGACGAGGAAGCGAUACAACCACCAACACCACCAAAAAAUUCUAUCAGAAGGUUAGCGAACUAUCAUCAGCAUUGGAUACCAUCUAGAAAUUCAUCCGAUCGCUACGAUACCAUUGCUUCUUUGAAUCAAUCGAUUCGUCGACCUCGAGCUAGACAGGACGUCGAAAAUCUCUUACAUUCGGAACAUAACAACACAAAGAAAUGUAUAAGAUGCGGUGCACCUUCUGGUAACAGAUCUUCAACGACGAGUAAAAAGAACAGUUGCAGAUUCCAAGAACAUCCUAAUUUUGUUGUGAAAGAAUCGAUCGGCGACGAUAUGGAUGCCGUUGAAAAAAUUAUUUGCGGCCGUUGCAACGUCAAACACAAUUCCGAGGAUAUUGAAAGACCUUACAGAUUAACAAGAUCAGCUUUGCAGACUUUAAAACCACGACGAUCGAAAGGCUCCAAAGGGAUCUAUGAAGUUUCGGAAGAUUGUCAGAUAGGCGAAGAAAUUCCAAACGAUUAUAUGACGAACAGAUAUUCGAAAGAUACUGCUGCAAAUACCGUUCACGAGAGAACGAGGCAUUCUGCGCCAACAACGCGUGGAGCAAACAGAUCGUCCUCUCGUUACGACGCUUAACAGCCGAUUUCUCACGAGGCUGUCCGAAGAUCGAGGGAAAUUUGAAUGAAACGUCGAACGACAAGUUUAAAAGACGUUUCGUAUGAAAGGCGAGUGUGUGUGUGUGUGUGUGUGUGUGUGUGUAUCCAAAGAAAAAAAAGAAAAAGGGAAAAAAAGCAAUAACAAGAACAAAUUAUUCGUGUCAGUGUAACGUGAUCCUUUUUGUGAAAAAGUCAAACAAGAAACUUAAUGAACUCAUAUACAUAUAAACGAAAAAAAAAAAAAAUAUGACACUUUCGAAAGAAAAACAAUGUAAUUCGAAAAUAAUCGUAUUAAGAAUCGUGAGAUACUCGCAUCCCAAUGAUUUCCCUCCGACCGAUUGUGUAAUAUAUAUUUUUGUAAAUGUCUUCGAAACGUGUAGGUGUGUUAAUGAAUGUUACAUGACAUAGAAUUUCGCUAAGAACGACGUAAAAUUAUUAGCACGAUGUACAUAUAGAGAUAACGAGUUAAGAAGAGGCUAGGAGUUUAACAUCUCGAAAUAUGUACUUUUAAUGUCCAAAGAUCACGAAAAGAAAUAAACGUACGACCGUAAAAUGUACGUUUUCUUUUGGCAUUGGCAAUACGAGAAAAUACAAUAUGUAAAUACGUGGCGACACUACAAUUAAUUAUACACGUACAUCCAUACGCGUACAUGUUGCAGAGAAUAAACUCUUGAAUCUGUA